UGACCCUUUUAUGAAUUUAAGUAUUAAACAAUCUUUUCCUCGUGGGAACUAUAAAUCCCUAACUGAUUUUAUUUUGUUUUAGGGGACGUGAGAACCGAUUCUCGAGAAUCGAAUCUGGGCGCUGGUGACCUCUGAGAAUAGAUUCUUCAGCGAUGGAUUGCAGAGAAUCGAUUCCCGUGGCCACUGAACUGAAUGGAGAACAGAUUCUCCUUGUUAUGUAAUCGAUUCUCGGGUGGUGCAUUCCUCUGGAGAUCUCGUCGCGGUGGUGGUGCUGAGUUGGUGAGGUGGCUGGUCGUGGUGGUGUGCUGUUGUCGUUGGUGGUCUGCUCCGGUCUGCUCGUGUCGGUGCUUUGGGGAUCGUGGUGGUUCACCUUCACUCUGUUUAGGUUUAGAUCUUCAAGAGCAAUGACUUCAUCUUUAUCAACUAAAAGACAGAGAACUGGAAAUCAAAGAAGAGAAAAAGCUUUGGCCAUUGAACCUGCACUUCCUACCAGAAGGCUACCCUCAAUCGAAGAAGUUUUAAACCAAACACGGUUUUUUGGCGAGCAUGAUCAGAUGAUUGAGUAUGGGAAGGCAUUUUACAAGAGGAAAAUCCUGACACCAAAGAUAAUGAAUUUUCCUUUCUUUGCACAAUCAGGUUUGUACUUUCACCAUCAUCUUCAAUUUCAAGGUUUGGAGGAAUUUGUAUGUAUGGAAUGUCCAUACUUUGAAGAUCUCAUAAGGGUAUUUUAUUCCAACCUGAGAGUGGAAGAAAAUGGUUACCUCUACACAGAGGUUAACAAGACAAAGAUUAAAAUGAAACCUUCUGAUUGGUUGACCAUAGCUCAUCUGAAGUAUCAAGGUCAACGACUCUCAUUUCCAAACAUACCUGAAGACUUACCCUACAACCGUGACAUGGCAUUUGGUGCCAUGAUCAGACCAGAGUUUCAGGGUCAAAAUAUGAGGACUGUAGGAGCUAUGAAUGUUAAUGACAGACUUCUGCAUUACGUGUUGGUGCAUAUCUUGAGUCCUCGUGCUACCAAUUUUGCAAAAAUAAUGCACGAAGACAUUUUUAUGCUAUGGGUUAUGAAAAAUAACGUUUUGGUUAAUUGGCCUCAUCACAUCAUGCAACAUAUGAUAAAAUGUAAGGACAAUAAAAUGCCUCUUCCGUAUGGUAUUUUGAUUACCCAGAUCAUGGGUUAUUAUGGCGUCGAUUUAACUAUCGAUUCAUCUACCACACUGGGUUGGACUCAUUACUUUGGUACAAAAUCGUUGAAAAAAUUAAAUAUUGUUAAUGUGAAUGGUGUGUGGCAACAUGGUGGGGUUAAUGAGGAUGAUGAACAAGAACCUGAAGGAGAAGAUGUUGAGCAUGAAGACUCAUCCGUACCUGAACGCCAUGUUGAAGACAAUAGAGCAGAACCUCCGAUCCAGCAUGAUGCUGAAAUGCUUUCACAAAUUUGGGGAGGUAUUCAACAUCUGCAAGAAGGAUUAGCUAAUUUGAAUUCAACUGUCACCAGAGGUUUUGAUAGGGUCACUGAAAGAAUUAACCGUUUAGAAGAAAGAUUUGACACCUUUCAAGACUCUUUCAAAUAAAUGAUGUUAUUCUUUUUAUUUUAUUUCGACUAUUGUAAUUGAAGUAUAUUUUUCGAUCUUAUGUUCGUAUACAU